AGUGCUUUACGUCAGAAUAGAAAAUGUUCGUCUAGUUGGAGAAACAGAAAGUGUACCCUUGAGAAACCAUCUGGUACCCUUGAGAAAUUACUCCAAGACAAAAUAUGAGAUACUAGAAUGGGUUGGCUGCAACAAACAGUAAGGGUUCUCACAGUUCCAAGAUUUCAUUUUGAGCUUGAGUUUAUUCACAUGCGUUUCAGAUGGAGAAGAGAGUGGUUGUCAUAACAGGAUGUUCCUCUGGAAUUGGGUUAGGCUUGGCAGUACUUCUUGCCUCUGACACCUGCUCAAGAUUUAAAGUCUAUGCUACCAUGCGUGAUCUGUCUAAGAAAGAACGUCUUCUGGAGUGUGUACGGGACUGCCACAUUGACACAUUUGAGAUCCUGCAGAUGGAUGUCACAGACCAGCAAUCUGUGAUGGCCACUGUUGAGAAGAUAAAGGAACAGCGAGUAGAUAUUCUAAUAUGUAAUGCUGGGGUUGGUUUGAUGGGGCCUUUGGAAUGUCACACCUAUGAUGCCAUGAAGAACAUAUUUGAUGUCAACCUGUUUGGAACCAUUGGCACUAUCCAAGCCUUUCUGCCUGGGAUGAAACAAAGGAAGAAGGGUAGAAUCAUCAUUUCUAGUAGUGUAGGAGGUCUACAAGGUGUUCCAUUCAAUGAUGUCUACUGUGCCAGUAAGUUUGCAGUGGAAGGAUUCUGUGAGAGCCUGGCUAUAGUCCUUCAGCAUUUUAAUGUACACGUGAGCCUUAUUGAAUGUGGUCCAGUAAGCACCAACUUCAUGGACAACCUGCAGAGAUUGGACCCAAGUGACAGCAGCCUACAAAGUGUGGACAGUGAUACCAUCUCAUUAUAUGCUCAGUAUCUCCAGCAUUGCAAGACCAUAUUCCAAGAUGUGGCACAGGACACGGAUGAGAUUUUACAGGUGUACUUAGAAGCCAUUGAAUCACCAGUCCCAUCACUGAGAUACUUCACCACACAGUUCUUCAUGCCCCUAAUAAAGCUGAAGUUAUCCUGUGCAAGUGGCUCGGAGUAUGUUCAAGCCAUGCAUAAGUUUGUGUUCUCCGAAACAAAGCCAAAAGAGUAAUAGUGGCCAUACCCAAACUGCUACUCUUUAUAUCAAGCAUUUUUUCAUUAUCAUUGACCAGUAAUAAGGUAACCUGAAGAUCAUGGUGACUUCAAACA